UGCUGUUCUGUGUCCCCAGUCACACAUGGCUGCAUCGUGUCAACAAUCAAACUCUUCCUGCCCGAUGGGAUGGAGGCACGCAGACGAAGCGAUGUCAUCCAGGCGCCGCUGCCGCUGCCUGUAGACAAGGUUGCGGCCAACACUCCCAGUAUGUAUUCUCAGGAACUCUUCCAGCUCUCCCAGUAUCUACAGGAGGCCUUACACAGGGAGCAGAUGUUGGAGCAGAAGCUGGCCACCCUGCAGCGUCUGCUCGUCAACACUCAGGAGGCCUCGGAGAGCAGCUGGCAGGCUCUGAUUGAUGAAGACCGUUUGCUGUCCAGGCUGGAGGUGAUGGGCAGUCAACUGCAGGCUUACUCAAAGUCCCAGACAGAGGACGGCAUUCGGAAAGAGCUCCUUGCUCUCCAGGACGACAAACACAACUAUGAGACCACGGCCAAAGAGUCUCUCAGGAGAGUCCUGCAGGAGAAGAUCGAGGUGGUCAGAAAGUUGUCGGAGGUGGAGCGCUCGCUGAGCAACACGGAAGACGAGUGCACCCACCUGAAGGAAAUGUCUGAGAGGAGCCAGGAGGAGCUGAGGGAGCUGGCCAACAAAUACAACGCUGCAGUCAAUGAAAUCAAAGAGCUUACAGACAAAAUAAAGGAAGCGGAGGGCCGCCAAGAGGAGCUGACCCAACGGGGGGCGUCGGAGAAGCGAGCGCUGGAGUUGCGGAUCGAGGAGAUGGAGGAGAAGGAGCAGGUUCUCCAGGCUCGCAUUGAGGCUCUACAGGCCGACAACGACUUCACCAACGAGAGGCUCGCCGCCCUGCAGGUGCGCUUAGAGCAGCUCCAAGAGAAAAGCAUUAAGGAAAACAACAGUCUGGAUGAGGACUUAGGCUCCCCUGAAGCGGGAGAGGAGCCCGCGGAGGAGGGUCCAAGCUUGGAGACACCCGAGAGCCAUGAGGAAGAAGAAGAGGAAGAUGAGGAGGACACCGACACGGACGAGGGUGCAGUCGGUGAAGACGCAGAUGACAACUGUCACGUUAACAGCGGAGGAGACGCCACUCGAAUCCAACAGUUGAUUGAGUGUCCGCCAGUGAAACAGCUGAAGGAAGCAGUCAGUUCGUCAAUCCAUAAACUGGCCAACUUUGAUGACACCCACCUGCAGAACAACCAGACAGCAGAAGACAACAUCCUCACCAGCCCGGAUCGUCUUAAAGGAAACCAGAUGGAUGCCAAAGAGUCGGACAUGUCGGACACGCUGAGUCCAAGCAAAGACCGCAGCAGUGACGACACAUCAGACGGCAACAUGGACGACCAGGAGCUCAAUGAACCACUCAACAGAGUAGCUCUUCUUAAAGCUGAGUUGCAUCGGGCUGGCUUAGAACCAGGUGACACGGAACAGGUCAUCCACCACCUCCACAGGGAGCUUCUGGAGGCCCAGGAACUAGCCAACACUGGCAAACAAAAAUGUCUGGACCUUCAAGCUUUGCUGGAGGAGGAGAGGAGGAAUAACUCUCAGCAGACCGAGGAGUCAACCAAACAGAUUCAGUACCUGCAGACUCAGCUUGGGAAGCUGCAGGCUGACAUGGAGGCUUUGAAGGAGCAGAGGGAGAACACCAUUUGUAGCACCCGAGAAGAGCUUUACUCAGCCCAGGAGGAGAUUCUCGUCUUGCGGCACGCCAUGGAGGCAGCCACAGCCGAGCGGGAGCGGGACAUCGCCGCCCUACAGGAGGACCUGGGUGGUGUGCGGUCCGAGCUGGAGCACUGGAGGAGCACCGCCGCCAAGUAUGAGGAAGAGAUCCGUCGGCUGCAGGAGGCCUUCACGCUGCAGCAGCAACAACAGCAGAACAACACUCAGCUGCAUGGUACUGAGAAGAAAACUCUCACGGACAAACUGCGCCACCUGGAGUCAGAGUUGUACAGUACCAAAGCGCAGAGUCUGGUCCUCAACAGCAGAGUGGAGUCUUUGGGGAAGAGGGAAGAAGUUCUGCAGGACAAACUGGGUUCUUUGGUGAACCAGCACUUGCUGGACGCAAGUGAGCUUAAGAGCCAGCUGGACCGGGCCCAGGGCCACACACACACUCUACAGAGAGAGUAUGAAGACACACAGUCACAGCUGUCGGACCUUCGUCAGCGCUAUGAGCGAACAGAGCAGGAGAAGAUAAACAUCCACCAGGAGCUGGAGCAGUGUAGGAGCAGCCUGAAGAUGCAGCAGGACAAGAACAGCUCUGGCGGCUGGAGCCCCUGGAUGCCGGUCAUCGCAGUGAUGGUCGCCGUGACGGCAGCCUUUAUCUACCCCAAUCUCUCCAAGAGCAGCUCGGCGUAGCGCACACACACACACACACACACACACACACACACACACACACGCAGGCCACUGCUUUACUUGUAUAAAGUCAAAUUGUACAUAAUUGUAGAGGGAAUAUAAAGGUUGUGGUUUCUUACAGAUAUUUCUUUUGGUUUAUUUUGUCGAGCGACAGGAAAGUUUUUAGUUUAGUUUUCAAUCUGCUCUCUCUCAACUGCGGUGUUUUUUUUUUUGUUUGGUUCCGAGCAUCACGUCGGUUGGUUUUACGUUUGGCCGUCGCUCAGUCCUGUUGCUCAUCGGCUUCCGUGCAAUUCCAUGUUUUUGUCUUAAAAGAGGAUCUGCACUUUUUGGGGGAACUUUGUCUAUCGUUCACAAUCAAUAUGAAAGACAUUACGAGGGCUGGAUUUUUUUUUUUUUUAUGUAUUCUAAAUAUUAAAUACAUUUAUUAAAAAGUCAGCUUACAAUGGAGGCCAUAGGAGCCGUUUGAUUCUCUUAAAAAACAUCCAAACACCUCUAUUAAGCUUUUAUAUACAUUUAUAAUAACAUUAUUUACGUAUUUAUGCAUUAAUUUCGUAAAAGCAUCACAACAGUUGCUUUUUCUUCCCUCACUGAUUAUUACUCAAGUGCCAGGGGCGGUAUAGCUCAGUUGGUAGAGUGGCCAUGCCAGCAACUUCAGGGUUCCAGGUUCGAUCCCCGCUUCUGCCAUCCUAGUCACUGCCGUUGUGUCCUUUGGCUAGAAAUUUACCAACCUGCUCCCAGUGCCACCAGCAAUGGUUUCAAAAUGUAACUUAAAUAUUGGGUUUCACAAUGUAAAGCGCUAUAUAAAUAUACCGUAUUUUUCGGAGUAUAAGCCGCACCUGCCGAAAAUGCAUAAUAAAGAAGGGAAAAACAUAUAUAAGUCGCAUUUUUAGGGGAAAUUUAUUUGAUAAAAUCCAACAGCAAGAAUAGACAUUUGAAAGGCAAUUUAAAAUAAAUAAAGAAUAGUGAACAACAGGCUGAAUAAGUGAACGUUAUAUGAGGCAACUGCUAUGUUAACCUAACAUAUUAUGGUAAGAGUCAUUCAAAUAACUAUAACAUAUAGAACAUGCUAUAUCUUUACCAAACUAUCUCUCACUCCUAAUCCAUAAAUCCCAUGAAAUCUUAUACGUCUAGUCUCUUACGUGAAUGAGCUAAAUAAUAUUAUUUGAUAUUUUACGGUAACGUGAUAUUCAUUUCACACACAAGUCGCUCCUGAGUAUAAGUCGCACCCCCGGCCAAACUAUGAAAAAAACCUACGGUAAAAACCUACGGUAAUUCACUUCACUUCACACACUCCAACAAACAUAAUAAAACAUCACUUACUGUACAAUGUCUGCUGACGUUGUACAUAUAGGGGAAGAAACCGUGGAAACAAGCGCUUUCCUGUCACUCUCGCCAGGUCUCGGUCCUAAAUGGCGAUUAAAGUGUCCCAAUUUGUCAGAUUAUAUUCUCAAGCCAUCUACUUUUCAGGUGAGAUGCAUGAUUUAUGACCUACUAUAAGCUGACAGGGAGCAGGGAAGCGAGGAAACAGCAGACCGCCGUCGGCACACAGGAAGCGACCACGGCGCCACGAGAAAUAGUUUGUCUGCGUCAGUUGAUUAAUAUCCAAGUCUCUAAAUGUAAAUUGAGUACCGUUGGCACCUUUUGGAAUGGUUAUCAGAUGUUAUUGGCGGAAUAGAGGAGCUCCCUUUGGCUUUUAUUCAAGUUUAUUUAAUAUUUAGAAUGCAUAAAAAAAUCAUUUGUCGUCAUGUUUUUUUUUAAAGAUUGUGAACGACAGGGAGAAUUCCAAAAAAAAAAGUGCAGUUCUCCUUUAAGAAAUAGAAGCUAACGUCUGGAAUUGUCCACGCUAACUCACUGGAAGGCCGUGGUCUAAAAGCAGGAUGUCCUUCGUCUUCUUCUUCUUCUUCUGUCACAAGGUGCGAGGGGACGCUUUGAAACUUGAAGCCAAAUGGUGGAUUAUGGGGGGGUUGAAAGGUUUUUAAUGUCACCCCUAAAUGGGGGAAGGGGGGGUCAAAGUGCCUCAGUUGUAACAUAACACAUUUGUGUGUGUGUGUGUGUGUGAGGAUUGUAACAAUUGACGAACAUUCUCUCCAUCAUCACGUCGACUCGCCUCCAAACGCCACCUCAGCGAAGGACCUUUUAGCCGUAGCACGGAACACUUUUUCCACCACGAUGCAAACUUCUUUUUUUUAUCAGACACUUGUACAGUUUGUGUGCGUGCGCGACUUUUGUCACCGUCUGUGUCAUAUCUUGUCCCCGUGUUCGGAAAACAGAAAUAAAGGAACAAUUAUUGCAGAUGUUUAGAGAGAAACACUACAGUAAGGAGAGAGAGAGAGAUGUAAAAAUACAAAGUGCUACGGAAUGACGUGCUACUUAGAGCUAUUUUGUUUAAAAACAUGUUUUAGAGAUAUGGACGGGAAAUGUGGAGACGAGUGGAAUAUAUGCAGGGCGAUUGGAAUAAAGUUGUAGCAAGCUGACCCACCACUAAA